AGCAAAGUAGCAAUUGUUGAAUUACCUUCAUUAUUUCAAGACCUUAAAAGAGAUAUCAAAGAUGAAUCAAUCACAGAAUGUAAGCCAUCAAGCUGGCCAAGCCGCAGGACAGGCUCAGGAGAAAGGAAGCAACAUGAUGGACAAGGCAAGCAACAUUGCACAAUCUGCUAAAGAAUCUUGUCAAGAGGCUGGUCAGCAAAUGAAGGCAAAAGCACAAGAGACUGUUGAUGCUUUAAAGAGUAACGAUGGGGCGAAUAAAUGAAUCUAUUUAUUGAAGAGCUCUCUUAAAUAGUUUUUAUUUUUGUUUGUUUAGGACUUUUAUGUAUUGAAUUCCUAUUUUUUGCCUUUAGUAUAUUUUUUAAAAUUAU